CGCGCGCUCAUCAGUGCGGCAGCAGCGGGAGCGUCGCGGCGUGAAAUGACAGCGAGGCGGCCAGAGAGUCAGCCCGAGCAGGUGGGCUUCUAAACGCACGGACAGCGGGCUCGGUCUCUCUGCGGGAUGUUCCAGCUGCGAGCCGAACCAUGAGGAGGUGACCGAACCGUGGAGCUGACGGGCAGCAGCAGCAGCGAGGGGAGCUGACAGUAAAUGAGAGGCCAUCACCAUGCCCCCGGGGAAGUAUGGGAUGCAGGAGGAAUGGGAGAAGGAGGGGGACCAGGAGAUCGACAUGGACUUCCUGUUGCCGACCGGGAUCUUCCUCAAAUUCCCUGUGUCUCGGAACGAAACCAUCCGAAACAUCAAAAAGAUGGUUUGGAAAAAUGCCCGAAGUGAGGCCCUGUACAGUGGACUUGGUGACCCCGACGGGUACGUCUUCACCUGCAUCAACGAGACGGCCGAGAGGGAGGAACUGGAGGAGGAGUCGAGGCGGAUCAGCGACGUACGGCCCUUCAUGUGCGUCCUGAGACUGGUGGCCAGGGAGGGAGACCGGGGGGAGAAAAUCACCAACACUCAGAUCAGCCUGCUGAUUGGAAAAGGUCUGCAUGAGUUCGAAGCCCAGAAGAACCACGAGGUGGACGAGUUUCGCAGCAAGAUGCGCACGUUCUGUGAAGAGAUGUCUCAGGAGCGACAGAGUUUGCCGUGGCAGCGGUGGAUGGAGUACAGCUUCCCUUGCGACCUGGAGCCGUGCUGCUCCCCUCCGGUGCACGGCGGCACAAAGGCCAAGAACGCCAAGAAGCUCUUCGUCAACGUCAAGUUCGAGGCCUGCGAUGAAAGCUUUAUGCUGCAGCAGGACCCUCAGGACCUCCCGGUGGCUCUGAUGAAGAGCGCCCUGAAAAAGAGGGCCACCGUUUUUCGCUCCAUGYGGCAGGAGCCUGAGGACUACACCCUACAGGUCCACGGGAGGUUGGAGUUCCUCUAUGGGAACCACCCGCUGAGCCAGUUCAAAUACGUUUUCUCGUGCUUGAGGAAUGGCCAGAACCCUCAGCUCAUUAUGGUGCACCACUCCACCAUCAGCAAAUAUCAGGAGGAGCAGGGCAGAGUGUGCAGCCAGGCGUGCAAGACUCGCUCCCUGUCCAGACCCCCGCCUCUGCCCAUGAAGAAGCAAAACACCUCCUCUCUGUGGUCCAUCAAUGAGCCCUUCUACAUUCACCUGUUGCAGGGCAGCCGAGUCAAUGCAGAUGAAGGAAUGAAGCUCGUGGUGCAGGCGGGCCUGUUCCAUGGCAGCGAGCCGCUCUGUAAGGUGGUGACGAGCUCCGAGGUGACGGUGUGCUCCGAGCCGCUGUGGGACCAGAAGCUGGAGUUUGACAUAAACGUGUCCGACCUGCCCCGCAUGAGCCGCCUGUGCUUUGCCCUCUAUGCUGUCAUUGAGAAGGCCAAGAAACCCCGCGGCACGAAGAAGAAAAAUAAGAAAGCAGACUGUCCAAUAGCCUGGGUGAACACCAUGGUGUUUGACUACAAGGACCAGCUGAAGACAGGAGAGUUCCUCUUAUCCACGUGGCCAUCUGUACCUGAUGACAAAAGCGACCUGUUGAAUCCAAUGGGAACAGUAGAGAAGAACCCCAAUGUGGACAGCGCUGCCGGGCUUCUCAUUCGCUUCCCCAACAUUCGGCCACACCCUCUCUAUUACCCUCCACUCGACAAGCUCAUUGACAUGGAGAGGAACGGUGAGACAGUCUCCGCCACUAAAGAGGAGCACAUGAAACUAAAAGAAAUUAUGGAUAACAAAAAUUACACCGAGUUCUUUGAGGAUGAGAAGGAGCUCCUGUGGAAGCUUCGCACAGUCGUCCGUGACUUUUACCCUGAAAGUUUAUCCAAGCUGCUCCUCAUCACUAAGUGGAACAAGCGAGAGGAUGCAGUUCAGAUGGUGAGUUUACUGAAACAUUGGCCCGACCUUCCUGCCAUCCACGCCUUGGAGCUCUUGGACUACAGCUUCCCCGACCCGGCGGUCCGGUCCUUCACCAUCAGAUGCCUCAGAAAACUCAGUGAUGAUGAGUUGCUGCAGUAUUUAAUCCAGCUGGUUCAGGUAUUGAAGUAUGAAUCCUACUUGGACUGUGACCUCACCACUUUCCUGCUAGAGAGGGCGUUGUCCAACAGGAGGAUAGGACACUUCCUGUUCUGGCAUCUCAGAUCAGAGAUUCACGUGGCGUCUGUGAGUUUGCGCUUCGGCCUGAUUUUGGAGGCUUACUGCAGGGGAAACAUCUAUCACAUCAAGCUUUUAACCAGACAGAACGACGCUCUGGGUAAAAUGAAAGCUCUAAGUGACAUUGUGAAGUCGGGCUCUCAGAAAAUGAUGGUGGAUGACCUGAAGCUGUGUAUCAGGCAGGAGUCGUACAAAGAGGCCCUGUCAAACAUGUUGUCACCACUCAACCCCAGCAUCAUCCUCGCUAAGAUCUGCGCAGACAAAUGCAGAUUCAUGGACUCAAAGAUGAAGCCGCUCUGGUUGAUCUAUAAUAACCCCACAGAACAAGGAGACAUGGUGGGAAUCAUCUUCAAAAAUGGAGACGACCUUCGUCAGGACAUGUUGACCCUGCAGAUGAUCCAACUGAUGGAGAAUCUGUGGAAGAAAGAAGGCCUGGAUCUGAGGAUGAUCCCGUAUGGCUGCCUGUCCACCGGGAACAAAAUGGGGCUCAUUGAAGUAGUGAAAAACUCUGACACCAUCGCCAACAUCCAGCGAAACAACAGCAACAGUGCAGCUACUGCGGCUUUCAACAAGGACGCCUUGCUCAACUGGCUCAAAUCUAAGAAUCCUGGGGACAAACUUGAUCAAGCAAUAGAGGAGUUCACACUUUCCUGUGCUGGCUACUGUGUAGCUACUUAUGUUUUGGGAAUUGGAGACCGCCACAACGACAAUAUCAUGAUCAGGGAAACGGGACAGCUGUUCCAUAUCGACUUUGGACACUUCCUGGGCAACUUCAAGCGGAAACUUGGGAUAAACAGAGAGCGCGUGCCUUUUAUCUUGACGUACGACUUUGUUCAUGUGAUCCAGCAGGGGAGGACAAACAACAGUGAGAAGUUUGAAAGGUUCAGGGAAUACUGUGAGAGGGCUUAUAAGAUCCUGUGCAGGAACGGGAUGCUGUUUGUCAACCUUUUUGCUAUGAUGAAGGCUGCAGGACUGCCAGAGCUCACCUCCUCCAAAGAUAUCCAGUAUCUUAAGGAUUCCUUAGCUCUGGGCAAAUCAGAGGACGAAGCGCUGAAGAAUUUCAAAGUGAAGUUCAACGAAGCUUUGAGGGAGAGCUGGAAGACGAAGGUCAACUGGAUGAUGCACUCCUUGGCCAAAGAUAACAGACCGUGAAGAGCAAUGAAUCAAUAAAACCUGCCAAAAAAGAUUAUUUUUAACUUAUGUAAAGAAAGUAUAAAGUCUAAGCAUUUUAUAUGGGAAAUGACACUUGAAGAUGAACCUCAGUAAAUGUUUACAUAUCACUGGCUCAUCUGUGGUUCAUGACAACUAAACAGAGACAUUUAGAGACACUGAGAUGAUCAUUUCUCAUUUCAACUCGACCAUUUUCACCGUGAAGGAUCUUUCUCCCAUCUGCAAACGGACUGCAUUUGCCAUGGGGACGUGUCAAACCAGGCCACAAAUGUAUUUUUGAAUCGUCUGUUGCUACUUGAAAGCCAUCGUGCGAAGUGAAUCACUGAAACAGAAAGUUUAUCUGGCCGACUGCAUUACUCAGCAGAGAGGAAGCUGCAAACUGUGAGAUGACUUUAGACAGACUCAGAGUAUGAUGGCACAGUGGCAGUUUCGCCUCAAGACUUUCUGGCGCUUUACCGUCCUCGAUGGCUCUGUCACUCCCUCUCAYUUAAAAUGCCUUUUUGCAUUAGUGUCUCCUGUUAUAUUGUUGUUUGUUUUAUUUAAUUUGAUGAAAUUGAUGAUCUUGCAAAAGCCAGAAUGUUGUUUAUUUUUAUAACUGUGCUGUUUNUUUUUUUUUUUUUUUUUUUUUUUUACUGUAGUGUGAUUUUGGUAUUGAAAUACUUACUGUCCAGACUCUAGAUUACACAUGAGGUAUUUAAGAUUUAUUGUAAGAUGAGAAGCUCAGAGGCCCCAAUGACUGCCUGAGGUAGGUAUAGACUCCCCCGCAAAACGUGAAGGAAAAAGCGGGUAAAGAAAMUGAAUUGAUUGAUGGCUGGAGAAGUGCAGACUAUUACUUUGAUUAACCUGCCUCAGUAGGCACAGUAGACUCUUACGAAACACCUAAUGGGCAUUUAAGGUGUAAUGUCAGCUCUCUCUUAUUGCUUUACUAAGAUUUAAUGCUAUUGUCUCGUCUGUUAAGGAUCCAACUAUGUAGCUUAGUAUAAAUACUAGAAAUGGGUGAGCUACAUAACAAUGUCCUGCUUAAAUGAAAAACAAGCUGUCUCUAAAUAUCCUAUGUUGAAGUUGAGGGCUGCUUGUAGUCAAAAACAUACCCAGGAUCACAGUUUACCUCAUCCUCUGUCUCUCUCUGUUUGUUGCCAAGCUAAGCAAACUCUCCUUGCUUUAACUUUACAUUAAACUCUCACUUUGAGGGCAUUUUGUUUUCCUUUAUGACCUUAAAAAUGCCUUAUCUACUUCUUUAAUUAUAACAAAUACCACUAUUUGCAGGGGGAAACAGAUGUAACAAUCCAUAAAAGCCAUUUUUAGAAAAGGAAAUAUAAGUCACGAAUGACUGUUUUGAAAGCGUUGGUCUGGACAAUGUGUGUGUUGGAAUGUUUAAGUUUUGCACUGUAAUUUGCCUUGUGUUUUUUUUACAUGCCAGGUGCCACGACAGCUAUAUUAAGCUCAUGUCUUGUACAUUUUAUUUGAUUUGUUUUACAUGCAGUAUGUUUUGCUGUACUCUGGUUGCCUCCUACAGACCAAAAACAAGCAUUUUAGGUUAACUGGAAACUCUAAAUUGUCUCUAUAGGUGUGAGUGAGGACGUGUCUCUGUAUGUCCCUCUGAUGGACUUGCAACUUGUCCAGGGUGUCCCCCCGCCUCUCACACAGAGACUGCAGGAAAUAGCCAUCAGCUCAUGGUAACCUGGAAAGAAGAAGCGGGUAAAGAAAACGGAUGGAUGUAUAUUUAGCUGUUUGUCUUUAAUGAUCUGCUUGUCUCUCUCUCUUUUUAGCUUUACAGUUAAAAUGGUCUGUACUCAUUAUAUGAGUCUGUGCAAUGGGGUCGUAAAAAGAGCAAGUGGAUCUGUAGAUUAGAUAACAGCACAGUUUUCAAGACUUAAACUAAUGAAACAUUCACUGAGGAAUUCCAACAAACAUCACUGUCCUUCUAAAGGAGCUACACUUUACAGAAUUACAGUUGAGUUGUACUUUUUGUCGUAAGAUUGUCUCAUAAAACUGCUUGAAUGUGAUCUGUCAAAUGGUGCAAGUCUAUUGAAGCCGGUUUACACGUGCAGCUAAAGCAAUAUGGUUAUUUUGCUAACAUUGUAAGUUUGACAUGUUUCUGUCAUUUAUCUGCAUCCUGUUUUUGCCUUUGCUUCACUCGCUUCUGGAAGGGAAACAGUCUUAAUAAAACAGUUUGCAACCUCCAA